AUGGCUAUUCACAAAGUUCUUGGUGUUGUUUUCUUUGCUUUAAUGGGUUUAGGCAUUUGUUUUGCCACCGGAGCCCUCCUCACCCUUGAAGGAGGGGUUGGCUACAACCAGGGAUCAGGUGGUACAGUUGGGUAUGGCCCAGGCCAUGGCAUUGGUGCUGCUGGAGGGCAUGGUGGUGGUGGAGGGACUGGGGAGGUUCCGGAUAUGGUGCUGGUGGAAAACAUGGAAUUGGAUAUGGUGGUGGUGGUGGGAAUGGCGGUGGAGGUGGUUAUGGUGCUGGAGGUGAACAUGGUGUUGGAUAUGGUAGUGGAGGUGGUGCGGGAGGUGGUGGUGGUGGGGAGCAUGGUGGUGGGUAUGGAGCUGGUGGUUAUGGUGGCGGCGGUGGUAAUGGUGGUGGGGGUGGUUAUGGUGCCGGCGGCGAGCAUGGAGGUGGUUACGGUGGGGGGGAAGGAGGUGGCUAUGGAGCAGGCGGAGAGCAUGGUGGGGGAUAUGGGGGCGGAGGUGGACAUGGUGGUGGUGGGGGAGGAGGAGGAUAUGGCAGUGGAGGUGGAUCCGGUGGAGGUGCAGGUAGUGGAUAUGGUGGUGGCGGUGGUGGUAGUGGGGGUGGCUAUGUCGCCGGUGGUGAACAUGGGUAUCCAUAUGGAGGAGGAGGAGGUGGGAGUGGUGAAGGUGGUGGUGGGGGAGGAGGCUAUGGUGCGGGAGGAGCUGGAGGAGGAGGAUAUGGCAGUGGAGGUGGAGCCGGUGGAGGUGCAGGUAGUGGAUAUAGUGGUGGCGGUGGUGGCUGGUGGUGGGGGUGGCUAUGUCGUGGUGAACAUGGGUAUCCAUAUGGAGGAGGAGGUGGUGGGAGUGGUGAAGGUGGUGGGAGCGGUGGUUACAUCCCUUGAGAGUACCUUAUCACUGUUUGGCUUGCCAAAAACCACCCGUCCUCCUAUCUCUAGUAUCAGACUAAUUUGAGUAAGAGGAUUAUGGUUAAUAUUUUAUGAUUGUAUGACCCUUUUUACUUCUUGGAUGUAAUAUUAUGCAUUAAUGCAUGGAAUGGACUCUUAAAAUUUGUAUCUAUGGCUGGUGGUAGACCUUGGUUAUACUUGUAACAAGAAAGAAAAGAAGAAGAAC